UCUCCCCUCCGGAGGGACCUGGACUUCUUGCUUGGGGUCUGGAAGAGGCGACGGGACCCGCUGAAGGUGGGGAAGGCGGGCGGUGGGUGAACGGGGUGGGUCGGAGGAAAAUCGGCAUCGCUGGUGGUGUUUUGGUUUUGGCUGCAAGGCUGCGCCCACGCGAGACCGCUCCGGGGGGAAAAAAAGUGGAGCCGAGGGUUUUCCACGAGCUCCCCAUCGCUCCGGACCGCGGCCGGGGAGCCGGCCGGGCUUUGGGGAGGCCCCGCACGAGAUGUACCAGAGUUUAGCCAUGGCAGCCAACCCCGGCCCUCCGGCGUACGAGGGCGCAGGUGGCUUCAUGCACAGCGCGGCCGCAGCGUCCCCGGUCUAUGUGCCCACCACGAGGGUCACGUCCAUGCUCCCCAGCCUGCCCUACCUGCAGAGCAGCGGCUCUUCCCAGCAAGGCAGCCCCGUCUCCAGCCACUCCAUCUGGACUCAGCCCGGAGCCGAAAGCGCCGCUUACAACCCCGGAUCUUCUCACCCUCCCGUGUCACCUCGGUUCUCCUUCUCCACCAGCACCCCCAUCCCGGCCACCUCCUCCCGGGAAGCGGCGGCGGCUUACAGCAGCUCCUUGAACCUUUCUGCCAACGGGAGGGAGCAGUACGGCAGGGGCUUCGGCAGCUCCUACUCCAGCCCCUACCCGGCUUACAUGAGCCCCGAAAUGGCCACCACCUGGACUUCCUCGCCCUUCGACAGCCCCAUGCUGCACAACCUGCAGAGCCGAGGGACGCCCGCGGCUGCCCGCCACGCCAACAUCGCAGAAUUUUUUGACGAUUAUUCCGAGGGGCGAGAAUGUGUCAAYUGUGGGGCCAUGUCCACCCCGCUGUGGAGGAGGGAUGGCACGGGGCACUACCUCUGCAACGCCUGUGGGCUCUACCACAAGAUGAACGGCAUCAACCGGCCCCUGUUCAAACCCCAGAGGAGGCUGUCGGCAUCUCGCCGUGUUGGACUCUCCUGUGCCAACUGCCACACGACCACCACCACGCUCUGGCGCAGGAACGCCGAGGGGGAGCCYGUCUGCAAYGCCUGCGGACUCUACAUGAAGCUCCAYGGGGUUCCAAGGCCUUUAGCCAUGAGAAAAGAGGGAAUUCAGACAAGGAAACGCAAGCCUAAGAACCUUAACAAAACAAAGGCACCAGCAGGCCCAUCCAGCAGCGAGAGUCUUACCCCGACCACCAGCUCCACCAGCAGCAGCAGCAGCAGCACCACGACCACCGAGGAAAUGCGCCCCAUCAAAACAGAACCUGGGCUCUCAUCUCACUACGGGCACCCCAGCCCUGUUUCUCAGGCAUUCUCAGUCUCUGCCAUGUCCGGGCAUGGAUCAUCCAUCCACCCUGCCAUCUCAGCUCUGAAGCUUUCCCCACAGGCUUACCAGACAGCCAUGAGCCAGUCUCCCCAAACCAGUUCCAAACAGGACUCGUGGAACAGCCUGGUGCUAGCUGAGAACCACGGGGACAUCAUCACUGCAUAACCUGGCCCYUUCCCUACGAACUCCAGGCUGAUCYGCUCGAGAGAUGAAGAAGAUGUCACAUAAUCAUCAAGUCAAUGUUGUCUCCCACCUCCCCUGCUCUUCUGCCUUCUCUCCCCUUGUGAAAUGUUCCAGCAAAGAGGUAAAGAGAACUUAUCCGAGGUGUAGGGAAGCUUUUAUGAAAUGAACRGAGAAGACUCAGAUCUCAAAGUAACUCAAGGAUUUGAAGCCUUUUUAAAUGAGCCUCUCUAUUUGAUUGUCACUACCUUCUAUGAAACAGCCAGAAACACAGAGAUGGACACAGUUCUUGAGUUUUAUUUAGCAAUAUCUGGCAUUUAAGACUCAGACAAUGGUGGAACAGAGACACUUCUUCUGUCACCACCUGUUCUUUUCCUGARCAGAAGAAAAUGCCACCAACUUCUCAUGACCCAAAUUCCAUGAUCUUCCACCAAAYGGAACCAGUUCCAGGACAGUUUGCUGAACAGACUUCACUAGAGAUUCCUUAGUGGCUUUAGUGGAUUUGAUAUGAUGUAGGGCAGAGAAAAAAAGAGACACCUUCCCUUCCUCCUCUGCUCACACACAUAGAGCAUUUUCUUCAUUUUCCUAGAUGGUCUGGAAAGCUCAUGAAUGUCCGUAUUUAAUAGUAACUCCUUUUCUAUUUAUCACYACAAAAUCAUGGGACUGUGUUUCCAAAAGGUUGUUGGCUGAGCCUGGAGUAGGUCUGUCCAAAGUCAAAGGGGGAUUUUGGAAGAAGGAACUUUCUGGAAGCAGGUAGAUGAGACCUAUGCUGGUCAUCAAAUCCUGGAGGAAAUGGCUGGGCUCUCUCUGAUGGAUAGCAACAAGCCAGGCUUAGAGAUGAUUCAAGAGCACAGCAAGUGAAAGAUGCUCUUCUAACGCUGCUGUGCCAUUGCUUUUCAGACAGAUAAUUUAAUUAUUUGCCUAUUCUCAUGUUGGUUUGGAUGCCACUGGUGAAAUCUGACUGUCACUUAUUUUUGGCUGURCUGUGAGUGCCCACUUUCCCCCUAACAGCUGGCUCAUGACCAUUUCCUGCAUCCAACCCUUCAGGAUUUCACUUUUUGCAAMAGGCAGUGGUUUCAGCCCCUAUUGGAGGUGGUAGGGGCUGUUUUCUUUACCAAGCAUGUGCACAGACUUGCUUGCCUGCAAGAGAAGCACAACUCCAUUAAACAAGACUCAUCUGUUUGCUUGCCCAUAAGGCUCUCAGCUACCAGGGAAUCUGGCAAAUGGAGUUGGAAGAGAUGCUAAGAGCUCACUGACUCAUUCUCUUCCCCCAAAGGGAUCAGGUUAGAUCCUGUCUAACCCAGCCCUGGCUGCUCUGUCUCUGGCUUMACAAACUCCAACUCCAGGACUGCAGAUGCCACAGCUCUCCUGGGCAGUCCAACUGCUUCACCAGAUGCUUCCCAUGAUGCUGCAUCAACAUUUCCRAGGAAGGACAGCUUUGCCUGUCCAYGCAGAGAAUUUCUGGGAGACCUCAUCCUGCAAGAUUCUUCACUCCUGUUUCUGUCUGCUCCCAAGCUCUGUUACCCUUCUUGCCUUCCCAGCUCSUCUCUUUUCCUCCCUGCAUCCAGAACUUGAGUACAGAAAUAACAAGUGAAAAAUCUCUAGGGGGAAAUUGUGCUUCCCUCCCAAAUGUGCCACCCUCUGUCUCCCACUGUUCAGCAUUCCCACAAGGAGUGCUUUUCCACACAAACACUAAGGCACAUGGCUUGGUGAAGAGGAGAGCCACGGACAGGUUUGAAGCAAAAGAAUGGCAUUGUGUUGUCUUUGUUGGAACUCACCCUUUUCCUGGUGGUGUAGAAACUUCUCUAAGGAGAAGGAUUCAACUGGACUGGUCAUGACUGGAGAGUCCUGGACCCUCCCAUAUUCCUCAUGCUCUCCACAGUUCAGAUUUGCAGGGUUUUGGAGGRGUGACAGAGCCUCCACACUCCCUAGAGAAAACACCAUGGCAAUGAUGCCAUGGGAACGGCUGGAUGGUGUUUGCACCAAUUCCCACUCUGUCUCGCAGAGCUAAUGCAGAGUUUAGCCUCAUUAGUGCCAAUUACAGAUGAGGAAAGAUAUUCAUGAAACAUGAAUAAAAAGAAAUUAAAUUCUGUGAUUCUGUUCAGACUCACUAGGCUGCAGAGAAGAGGCCAGAAAUAGCACAGAAAAAAAAUAUUAAUUUGAGAUGAAAACACAAAGGUGUUUCUCCAUUGGCAGGAAGGUCUUUAGCCAAACUCCUCUUUGAAGUAAAUCCCUUUGUAAAUGGCAGUUGAGCUCUUCUGGGAUCUGACUGUGAAUUCCUGGCCACAACACAGUAGCCUGCACCACAAAAUGCCACUUGGUUCAUGCCAACUUUUGAGAUAUCCAGAAUUACCCUGGAAAGCCCUAAAGGGAGUGGAGCCUCCUGGAGAGGAGCUAAAAUCCAAACCACCCACAACCCUCAUUUCUCUUUCCAUCUGGAGACUCACAGUGGCUCUGCCCACCUUCCCUUAUUGUUGUGCUCCUCCUCCUCCCCUCAAAGCCAAAUUCCCCAGUGGAAUUUUUCUCCUGCCUGUAGAACACACUCAGAGAUGCCAUAAAUGACUCUGCUUAAAAUGCCAGAGGGAAAAAUCCCUGCAGAACAUAAGACUGCCUUAUGYCCCUUUGAUAGAGAUUAAUGAACAGGUUUUUAGCCUUCCUCAAAGCCUGAAAAAUAAUUCUUGAAACAAAGUGAGGAGCAUUUACAAGUUCCUGGUAACAGAACAAGACAACUGCUUUCGAAAGGUGAAGUUCUGAGGGGAAACGUCAGAUUUCCCCUCAGGGGAACUCAGAGGAAUUGUAGGGAUAGAGGACAGUUCUUUAGGGGUAGAAAUUGGCUCUUUUAUCCCCCCUUUUGCACCAGAAGCAGAAUUUCUUAUACACCUGGUUCUGUGGUUCUUUUCAAUCAUCCAAAAUUGUUGUAGAGCUGCUGUUGGUCCAGGAGCAUUUCUCUUUUUCUGGCCAAUGCACAUACCGAGAUGGUGAGAGACUGAUCUCAGAUGCAGCAGCAUCAUUUCAGGUGGSGUACAAACACAGCAUUAUUGAUAGGUCUCCUUCUUCAGAGCUUCUAAUGAUCAAAUGGCAGAGUAAUUUAAAUCAGGAGGGAUGAGAUCAGAUUUCUCAGGGCUCUGUUCAGGUGACUUUUGAAUAUUCCCAMGGAUGGAAAUCCCACCGCCUCUCUGGGUUCCUGUUCCAGUGCUGGACCACCCUCAUGCUGGAAAUGUUUUUCCAAGAAUCAUUGGAAAAUUAAUUGCUCAGGCUUGGGGAUCCCCAUGUAAUGAGUCAUGGUGGGAGGUUGAACGUUUUCUCCAAGCCCAGGAAUCAYUCAGAGCCACCUCUUCCAGGUAGGAGCUGGGAUGGCCAAUGCAGGAUGGCAAACCCCAGAAGUGACAGAUGAAGGGACACUCACAGGACAAGAGGAUUAAAGUGCCACCACUUUCAGGACACUCAGCUCCUUCCAGCAGGAGGGGCCACUUCAAAAAUUCCAGGUUUCACCUGAGCUCUGCUUUCCUGCCCAUGAUGGGGGAGGCAUUUAGGGCCUGUUUUGGUAAUGAAUUAGAUACAGUUAUUAGAGACCCAUUAAGGCAAAGUAAUUAUUGGUUUUAUUGUUGCUUUUAUUGCUGGAGAACUUAGUGAGGUCUAUAGCAGAUCCUACAAAUACAGGAAGAGGGUAGGGCCCACUCUUGCAAAACACCUCAGCACGUAUAAAAAUGCAUAAAAAUGCAUUUGUGGGAUUUGUUCUCCUCAAGAUCAUCCCUAAUCAUGAAAAUUUUGAUGCUGAAGGGUUUGCACCARACCUUGGCAAUGGCUCAGUGGCCACCAAAGUUGAGAUGGGCAKAUGAGAACCAGAACAGGGAGCCAAGAAAGGUCAUUUAACCACUUCUAAAUGUCUUUGCUCUUUGUGGAAGUGCAAUAUCUUGAUUCACUUCAGUUAUUCUUUGUCAAUUGAUCAGAACAGAUCCAUGAAUCACUUGCAAUCUCAUGGGCUUGGAUGCAGAGGAUGCAAUCAGGAGGAGCUCAGGAAUAUUGCAAGGGAGCUUUAAAACUAAUCAACAACUCUCAUUGUAACUCCAAAGCUGUGACUAUGUCAGGGGUGGUGUUUUGUUUUGCCUUUUUUUUUUUUCCUCCCCAUGUAUAAAGUUUGAAGCUUCUCAGGUCACCUGGGAUGGUCUCGUGGAAACAGACACUUACUUGUAAGGGGGAGAGGGAAACCAACCAACUGAACAAGCUGUAAUUAUUUAAAGAUGUAAAAAAAUAUCUAUUAUGAAGUAGUAUGGCUACCAAUCCACGUAACUUCUACACCUUUAGAACUAAUGGAAAUAAAAUAAUGAUAA